AUGGGUGGGAACUCCCCCUGUGCCUCCUGCAAGCUCCUCCGCCGGCGCUGCGCCAAAGACUGCAUCUUCUCUCCCUUCUUCCCUUCUGACGAGCCCCACAAGUUCGCCAUCGUUCACAAGGUCUUCGGCGCCAGCAACGUUAGCAAGAUGCUCCAGGUCUCUCUCUCUCUCUCCUCUUCUUCUUCCUCUUCGCUCCAUUUCUCUCUGCAGUGAUUUCCUCCCAUCGGAAACUGUUCACCGGUACAGAGGUUGUACCCACCAGAAAACCUACUUCACUUCAUUAAGCAGGACGAGACACGCCCUUGUAUUUCAUACUCCAUCCUCAUAUUUCGUCUUCCGCCGUCAGGAGCUCCCAUUUCAGCAGCGGGCGGACGCGGUCAGCAGCCUCGUAUACGAGGCGAACGCGAGGAUGAGAGACCCGGUCUACGGCUGCGUGGGAGCCAUCUCCUACCUUCAGAACCAGGUCACCCAGUUGCAGAUGCAGCUGGCCGUGGCGCAGGCGGAGAUCCUUUGCAUCCAGAUGCAGCAGGAGGCGGCCGGGUUGACCAGCCACGCAAUGGAAGCAGACGAGAAGUCGUUCCUCUUCAAUGGUGGCCUCGCGGGGGUGCCACAGUUCAUGAGCUUCGGUUCAUCCAGCAAUGUGGCGCAGGAUCCACCGAAGAAAGAGUCUCUCUGGACGUAA